UCUAUGAAACAGCGAUUCCAAUCAUCAAACACAGUUCACUGAUGCAUGAUUUUGAUGUCUUCAGCAAAACCUAGGUCUAGGCAGCGCAGCUGUAUAGCCCCAAGUGUUUUUACCCAGCGAUAUUGCCGUUUGUCACCUCGAAAUUUGCAAGGCAGCUUGACUUGCAGACUGGUCAUCAGAAUGGCUCCUCUAAUAAUCAAUCUGAAUAACAAUGUUAUCGUGAAAGACUGGAGGAAUUACUGGGCGUGGGGCCAAGUACAGGAUGUUAGUACGACCAGCCUUCUGGUUAAUUUCGAUAUUCCUUUACAUUCGGCGCAGUGGAUACCGUUCGAUCGCGUCUUUCUGCCAAACUACUCUCCCUGCAGCGAAGCAUGUGGUGAACAGCAUCACACUGUGUGCUUAUUCGCGGCGGUACGUCGAGCUGAAAACGGACCGUUUAUAUGGCAACGCGUGAAGAACUACAAAACCGAUAUGGCGAACCCGAGCAACAAUAUCUGGGUGACAGCGGAAACUGAACGGGACGGUAAUAAGCAAUGGCAGAUGAUACCACAUUUCCGCACAUUUCGUUAUGAGUGCUGCCGAGAACCCUCGAUGCAGGAUGUUUUUCCUGGGCGACCGGUUACGUUUAUGACGUUCCAGAAGAUGGAAUAUGAACAAGCGGAUAUCGGUGUGGUGUACAUGGAACGCCUUUUUGAUCCCUCUUUUAACCGCUGCAUUGGCCAGGUUAACAGCGACAUGGCCUGUGUGGUAAUAAGCAGAAAUAAAGUCAUCCUCGUGGGUAUCGACAACUACGAGAUGUGCUGGAGUAAGACGAUCAGCACGCUGGCGGAAAUCCACAGGCUGUCGUAUGAAGAGUGGCACGCCAUGGUGCCAGCGGCCCAGAACAACGCGCCGCGGUGGAGUACUGUCGGGGCGAUAAUCAAAGAUAUCGACAAAGUUAACCGGGCGUCAUUGUCCUUGCCGAAGAAACCCCGCCUUAUAUCUGCUGAAAGCGACGCCACGAUAACUAGUGAAGGGUUGGUACUUAACGUUCUCGUGGAAAUAUUUAGCCAUGUGGACACGGUAACUCAAACACGUCUGCGCAGGGUGUGCGAGAAAUGGAACAAUGUAUUGAACCAUGAAUACGCCAAAAACCAGGUUUAUCUGGAUCAGGCUAGCCGGGGAAAUGAUGACGACAGUGGGUUCCUUUCUUUAUCGGCUCCCGGGAACGUAUGGUAUGCGGGAAGCCUGACCACGGAAUAUCGCUUUCAAAAAGCCAUCAACAGCAUAAAUCGGUAUCCGCACACAUUUCGUCUGGCCAACAUGCAGCUAACCACAAACCAGCUCCUAGCAGUACUUUGCCCACUCAACACGAGUUACACGACAAUUAAACCGGGAAUGCUAAUUUUGGAUGGUUGCGUCAUCUUGGUUGCAAGUAACAUUGAAGCGCACGUAGAUUUUCUUAGCACAUUCACUGAACUUGCAUGCAUGUUCAGUAUUGCUAACCUUGUAGUAACCAAAAACGUUUGCUUUGAAUAUACCACACAACGCCACUUGAAGAUUCUUUCCGGGUCAGUUAUACUAAAAUCGUUUAACAAUUUAAUUGAGCGCCUGUCUAAGCACUGAUUCGACCUCAUUUGAUUGUCAUGAAAUCAGCCUGUAGCAGCCAGAUGGAAUUGAAUAAAUAAG